AGUCAGCGGAACUAUCUGCAAAGAUCACAGUGUGACGUAAACGACGAUCUAAACAAGUAUCAGCUGUGUAACAGUCAUUGUUCGUAUCCGUUUUGGCAGGCGUGCAAGAAUUCUGUUUUUCUUCGUUUUCUGAUCGUCGGUUAGCAGGUCCGACGGGAUAAACGGCAUACGCAUUAAUCAAGAAAAGAAGCAGAAAAAAGGGGGGAGGCUACGAGUUUUCCGUGCAACGCAACCGUGGCUGCGUGCGUGCUCCAGCCCCAGCCCCACCAACGAUCUUAGGGACAAUAAUCGUGUGAAAAACGGGGCGGUACGCGCAUAAGCCUGGCCUCGAGCAGCGAGUCAGACGACGGUGGACUCGCUCCGCCACCGUGCAAAAGGUCUCGUAGUUCUCUCCCGACUACUCUACGACCAGCGGACGAGCACCACACCGAUCCUGAGAUGGAAAACUAUCGCAUAAUGCAACAGCAGACUUCAAACGGUGGCAUUUCCUCCGGGCUGCAGCAGAAUGGUUCAACAGCUGACUCUGGUGGACCUCAUGCAAAUGGCAACAUGAUACCGGAAUCGGAUAAUGACAUCAAUAGUGUUAAUGGAGAAACAAAUCAGAAUUUGGGACCGCCAAAAAUAAUGGACAAAACCAAUCAAGAUAUUGUCAGACUUAUUGGACAACAUUUGAAGACAGUCGGACUGAAUCGCACAGCAGAUCUUCUCAUGCAAGAGUCCGGUUGUCGUCUAGAUCAUCCAGCUGCUGCAAAAUUUAGACAACAUGUUAUGGAUGGAGAUUGGACAAAGGCAGAGCACGACCUUAGUGAACUUAAAAUAUUUUUAAAUGGAGCAAAUCAAAGUCUAGUAGAGAUGAAAUUCUUGUUACUAGAACAAAAAUACUUAGAAUACUUAGAAGAAGGAUUAGUACUGGAAGCAUUGCAUGUCUUACGCAAUGAACUUACACCUUUAGGGCAUAAUACAGGUCGUGUACACCAGUUAUCUGCAUUUAUGAUGUGCAGUGGACGUGAUGAAUUACAGACACGUGCAGGCUGGGAUGGCAAAGGUGCAGUCUCGAGGGCUGCUUUAAUGGAUAGACUACAGAAAUAUCUGCCACCCUCCAUUAUGUUACCACCACGUCGCCUUCAUUCUCUUUUGUGUCAAGCUGUGGAAAUGCAAAAUCAACAAUGUACAUACCACGUAACACAUACUCAGGCAAGUUUAGAAAAUGUGUCACUGCUUGUGGACCACAGCUGUAGCAAAGAACAGUUCCCGUGCCAUACUCUACAGGUGCUCAAUAAUCAUUGUGAUGAAGUGUGGUAUUGUAAAUUUUCUCCUGAUGGUCGUAAACUAGCUACAGGUUCUAAAGAUAUGACUGUAAUUAUUUGGGAUGUUGAUCCAGAAACAUUGAGAGUAACUCAUAGAAAAACAUUAGAGGGUCAUACUUAUGGAGUAGCACUAAUUGCUUGGAGUCCUGAUAGCAGCCUUUUAAUUGCGUGUGGACCUGAAGAUUGUCCAGAGCUUUGGCUUUGGAGUAUUGACCCACCUGAUUAUGAACUACGUGCAACAGUAACCCAAAGUACUGAUGAUUCACUUACAGCUUGUGCUUGGUAUCCUGAUUCACGUAAAUUUGUAGCUGGAGGACUUCGUGGACAGUUCUAUCAAUUUGAUAUUGAAGGUAAUGUCUCAGAAUCAUGGGAAGGAGUUAGAGUAAAAUGUCUGUGGUGUAAAAAUGAUGGAAAAACGGUCCUCGCUGCUGAUUCGCAUCAUAGGAUUCGGGGAUAUAAUUUUGACGAAUUAUGUGACUUCACAAUAUUACAAGAAGAUCAUCCUUUGAUGUCCUUUAGUGUAGAUAAAGCAGAUCGACUUGCACUUCUUAAUGUGGCCAAUCAGGGUGUACAUCUUUGGGAUUUACAAGAUAGAUGUUUAGUAAGACGUUUUCAAGGUGUUACUCAAGGACAUUUCACAAUCCAUAGUUGUUUUGGUGGUGUAAAUCAAGAUUUUGUUGCAUCUGGUAGUGAAGAUACUAAAGUCUAUGUGUGGCAUAUCAAAAGGGAAUUACCUAUAGCAAUUCUCACAGGACAUAGUAGAACAGUAAAUUGUGUUUCAUGGAAUCCAGUAUAUCACCAAAUGAUGGCUUCUGUAUCAGAUGAUUGCACAGUGAGAAUAUGGGGGCCGAGGUCAUCUUCUCCAGAAAAAGUUGAUAGUGACAAGACUGUUCCAUUAGAAAGUAACUCCUCAAAUGGUAGUGGAUGGCAUGAAAUGGUAUCGUAGCGUACUACAGUAUAUCAGUGUUCCCAUGACCUCAUGGUGUUCAAAAGACUGUCAUAUUGAUUGUCAUACUGACUCUUUCCUGCCCCAGCAGCUAUCUCUUUAUGCCUCAUUACUGUAAGUCUGGGUAAAUGACUACUAUUGAGAGUAAAAGAGAGAUGUGUUAGCAUUAUGCUAAUUCAUUAAACAACUAAUAAUCAGGAGUUAUUUGAGAAUCAAUCUUUUCUUUAUUACCAGAUUUUAUAUACAAUAUUAUGGUUUACCUGUUUGUCAAAAUUAAAUUUAAAUGAUUUAUCAAUAUGAAUUAAUAAUGUAAAUUUUUGCAAACAAAAACAGCAUAAUAUAUGUUGGCUAAUAUAAGUUGUGACAAAAUAGAAUUUCAACAAAUUUCGCCGUAGCAUUGAUGUAAAGAGAAAAAUUAAUGUGCAUUAAUAAGCAUAAAGUAAAAAACAUUGCAGCAAGAUAUAAAAUUUAUGAUUUCGUGAGACUAUUAUCAAAAAAAGAAACCUUGUUUUGACAGAAACUGUGUCAGAUUUAAUCUUUCUAAAAAUAAAAAGCUGUAAAUAACAAUUUCGUGCUUAAUGAAUUUCUAAUUAAUUUUGUUAAUCAUUGAUGAGGGUGAUAUCAUUCUCAUUUUUCACUAUAUAUGUAACUGCCAUCUUACAUUAAUAUUGUAUGUUUCAAAUUGUAUACAGAUGUCGUAAAUCAUCAUUAAAAGUGUAGAAGUAAUACGAAUAUUAUAUGGAGAGAAAUUUAAUUUCAGUAAAUAAUUUGAUGACUAAGUGAGAUAAAUUAUGAAGUUUAUAAACAGUUUGAACUCUGUUAUGAGACGUACAGAUUGACGCAAAAUGAGUCAGAAAUUAAAAAUUCAACGAUUUUAGUAUAAAAAGAAAUAAACUCGAUUUGUAUGUGAAAGUUGAGCAUGAAUCCUGAUAUUAGUACCUUUAUUCAGUACUGUGAUUUUAUAUUAUUAAAAUGUACGCACUGAAUGUCAAAAAUUUAUAAAUAUUAUAUUUGCCUUAAUAUUUUCACGCUCAUAAAAAUUUUAAUAUAACAUUGGUAGAAUAACAUAGAUUUUGAACAUUUAUUUUAAAACAUUAGUUCCUUGAUAUAAAUCAAAUAUCUGUAUAUGUCGCAUUUCAUUUAUUACUAGUAUUUUGACUUUUAUUAUUACAAAAUAACAAUAACUAUCUUUUAUAACUAUAAUAAUAUCUAGAAAUUUUAAAUCAAAACUAAAGACAUAUGCUAUGAAUAAUUGUUAUUUUGAAUAUAUGUAACAUUACAGCAUCUUUUAACACUAUACUUAUUACAUUUUUACUUCACACAUCAAUUUUUGUUUUAUUCAUAGCAAACUAUACGAUUUGUCAUUCUCUGCCUUUUUAAAAUAAUUUCUUUACUAAUAAACAAAAAAAACAUACAUAAUGUAAAUUAAAUUCUUUCUUUUUUUUAUAAUAUGGUAACAUUAAAUAAUAUACUAUAAAAUAUAAUCACAAAUAAAAAUAUAAGAAUAUUUAAACACUUACUUUUCCUCUGUUGGAUUUGUUAUCAAACAAUGAAAACCAAACUGGAGGUCUCACAGUAUCAGAAGUUGUAGAGUAUGUGUGUACAAAUACAUUCAGAACAAAUAAUGUUACAAACAUGUUUACAUAACAAGAGAAGUUUACAUGCAAAGGAAAUGUCUGUAGUUUAUGCCCCUGAAAUUGUAGUGAGAUAAUAUAAUACCAAUCACUAUUAUCAUUUGCAUUUACCUGUGGUGCCUUAGCACUUAAUAAUCUAAUUAAAAGUUUCCAGGACUUUUUCAUAAUUUGGUAUAGUUUGCAAUAUAACAAACAAUAAGCGAUUAAUUUUGCUUAAAAGUAAGUUAUGAAUUCAAAUCUAACAUACGUCUUCAUCAUAAUUCUAUCAAAAAUAUCUUUGUCUUUAAUCUUUUCGGUUAUUUGGAAUACUAAUAAAGUGUUAAUAAUUGUCUCAUAUAAUUAAGUAUUUUUAUAUUUAUUGACAAAUAUUUCAAUAUUACUAUUCUAAACAAUAAGGAAAGUUAUUAGAAUUCUUAUUUUCUAUAAAAUUAGUGUACAACAACUUGAUAUAUAAAAUAUGUCAUGUUUGACAAAUUAAAUAUAGAAAUUUGCAUAAAAACUAAAUUAUUUAAAUUAUUUGACUUAAAUAAGGGGCAAAAAAUUUUCAUAGAAUCUUGAAAGUUGAAAAAAAUAACCUUCUUAGAAGUUUGAUUUAUGAUAGACAGAAUAAAAUGAAUAAUUCAAGUAAAUAGCUACUUUUUGAGCAGUAUUAUUUUAUGUUGGAUCAUAAUAUAUAAUUUUUAAAUAGUUUUGGACCAGAUAUGUACUGAAAUUUUGACAAAAUUAAAAAGAACUACAAAAAGAUAAUAUAUAUUUAAGCAUAAACUAUAUCUUACAUAACGAUUUGCGUUUUUACAGUGCAAUUGGAGUUGUUUAUUAGGAAAGCUAAUAUAAUUAAAUUAUAAUAUGAUUCAUCUUAUCAAGGAAGUAAAACUUGUUAAAGAAUCUUGUUUAUGUACAUUAUUAUUAUUAUUAUUAUUAUUAUAUUAUUAUAUUAUUAUUAUUAUUAUUAUUAUUAUUAUUAUUAUUAUUAUUAUUAUUAUUAUUAUUAUUAUAUUAUUAUUAUUAUUAUUAUUAUUAUUAUUAUUAUUAUUAUUAUUAUUAUUAUUAUUAUUAUUAUUAUUAUUAUUAUUAUUAUUAUAUUAUUAUUGGCUAUAUUUCUUAAACAUUUAGAUUUUAAUUUCUUAUCUCAUAUGUACAUAAAAUGAUAAAUAUAUGGUUUUAUGGGGAAAAACUGCCGUUUGUUAUCGUAGCAGUGUGUGUUUGUUCUUAAAAUGUCUAGUAUAGAUAUGUUAUAUUAAAAGUGCGUAAUAUUAGGUACUAAUUGUAUGAUUUGAGGCCAAUAAUGCGUGAGUUAACUGCUUGUUUUACUUAUAAUUUAUCCGAAAAUAUUUUAAAUAAACUAUGAAGAGUCAAAUAGAUGUGUGAAUAAGAAUUUGUUUAUGCAUAGUAUGUAUAAUAACGAAUAUUUCCUAUUUUUCGAAUAAUGGACAUUUCUAAUUUUUAAAAACGAAUAUGUACUUCUUAAUCUUUUAAAAUAUAAUCUACAUUGUGUAACAAAUUGCUUUAGUGAGAUAUUACUCUAUUAUUACAGGUUAAAACGAAUCGUAAUAAAUUUAAUAAUAGGUUAAUAUCAUAAUUUUGCAUUAAUAAUACUAAAAUUAAACAAAAUUUUGAUACAGAAUUUGUGCUUAACUUUAAAUACUUGAUAUAUAGAAAGAAUUAAAUAAAAAGAAAUUACAUCAUUUCCUGUACAAAUUAUGAGAAAAGUUAUCUUAAUAAUUAUUUUUUUAUUGCUAUAUAUAUGACAAACACUACUUGCAGAUGCACUCUUAAAUGAUUUUUUAAAAUACACAUUUCCCAUUUACAUAUAUAUUUUAUCUAUGCUUAUGUAUGAAAAGCUGUAUAAUAAAUAUUCUUCUACAAUCUUUAUAUUAGGCUGUUUCCAUAGGUACAAUGUUCUGCACUUUCUAACUUAACGUGUAUACUAUUAAAUUAUAUCGCUAUUUUAUACAUGAAAUGUUAUGUUAUGGAAAAAGUUUAUUAUAAUAUAUUAUUCUGCAUUAA